GUGGUUGACUGGAGCAAUAUGACCCAGAUUCCAGCUCAGAUUGUUUAUAAAGUAUUGUUAAUAGGUGACACAAGAGUUGGAAAAUCCUGUUUGUUGAAGUAUGAGAAUCCUCCUAUACCAUACACCCCUAACCUUGGAAUUGACUUGAGUUUAAAGAGAAUCAAUCUCAAGAAUGAACAAGAGGUCUUGCUCCAGUGCUGGGAUCUUGCUGGGGCAGAGACAUUCCGUUCAAUCCAGUACACAUACUUCAGUCGAUGUAAAGCUUGCUUGGUUAUGUUUGAUGUGACAUCACUGAGUUCAUUCAAUAACGUAACGGGAUGGAUUAAGAAGAUAAGUGACUAUGGAGACCAAUCUAAUCCAUUGCUUUAUCUGGUUGGUUCUAAAAUUGAUCUACAAGAUGAGAGGGUGAUCAGUAGUGAGAGAGCUGGGAUCUUUGCAGACCAGUUGGGUCUAAGGUAUAUUGAAGUCAGCAGUUUUAAGAAGCAUAACGUUAAAUUGAUUUGGCAAUUAGUUGCUGAAGAAAUCUUUAACAGAGAAGAACAUUGAUUUCAAAUUUGCAUUUUUAAGAUUUUGAAAAUGUAUUAAAAAAUUAUUUUUAGAAACCAGAUAUAGACUUAAAAUAGUCUAACAAUUGCAUAUUUGCAAAACUAUAAAUGUUUAGAAUCCUUUUUCUACUAUGUAUUAUAAUAAUGAUAAUUUUUACGUGUACACUGCCAUCACUCUUGGUCAGUUUUAUACUUCAUAUGCAGUCGGUAGAUCUGGUGCUACA